ACAGAUUUUCUGACUGUCGUUAACAACACUGUUCCGUUCUUGCUAGAUUUGUUUAUAUUUCUGCUUAUCAUCAAUAAUAAUGCCGAAAAACUCAGGCUGUGGUAACCGCAAUAAUGGUCAUCGCAAGCGACCAGUUCAGCAAAUGGAUGAAGAUAAUCCCAUUGUCCAGGCAUUCCGCAACUACUCGAAUGAAUUGACCGCGAAGCACGACAAACAUGAACGCAUAAUUAAACUAAGCCGCGAUAUUACCAUUGAGUCCAAACGCAUUAUUUUCCUCUUGCACUCAAUUGAUUCUCGCAAGGAGAAUAAGGAUAAGAUACUGGAGGAAGCCGAAACUCGUCUCAACAAAUUAAUUAAAGUUAAUUUCAGAGAUGUGGCUCUUGAGCUACGUAACCAAGAUGUUUAUCAGUUCAGAGCUGCCUACUCCCCGGGCCUACAGGAGUUUAUAGAGGCCUACACCUACAUGGAGUAUUUGCGAGAGGAGGAGGGCAAAUCUGUUUCGGAUUGGGAGGCGCUGCAGUCCGUAAUGCAGUAUGAAGCUGACCAAGUCAAGGAAUUAACUGAAGACAACGAAGCGGCAGUCGAUGAGGCUGUUGCCGAAAAGAAUCCCGAUAAAUUCAAAUUUUUUGUGGAUCCCACUGAGUACGUAUUGGGUCUAUCGGAUUUGACAGGCGAACUGAUGCGCCGGUGCAUUAAUUCAUUGGGCAGUGGGGAUACCGACACUUGCUUGGAUACCUGCAAAGUGCUCCAAGAUUUCUAUACAGGAUACAUCAGUUUGAAUUGUCAGCGUGCCCGAGAGCUAUGGCGCAAGAUAACCACAAUGCGUCAGAGUGUCCUGAAGGCAGAGAACGUUUGCUACAAUGUUAAAGUCCGUGGCGGAGAGGCUGCCAAAUGGGGUGCAACCUUCGAUCACAAGCCAGCCGAAGAUGUGGAUGAGGGUUUUUAUUAAAAUAAGUUCCAUAAAUAAACAUAUAUCAUAUACAUACA